CGACGCAUGGAAGUCCAUCACGUUAUCAGAGAGUGCAACGUGAGGGUUUGACCAGUCGAGAGUGCACACACACUGACAGUGACAAAUCAAAAGCGAGGAAGCGAAUUUCUUCUCCUGCAUGCUUUCAGACGAUGGACAGAUCAGAUAGAUCAUCGGAUGGCCUGGUUCGAUGAGACACAACUCCAGCUACCUGCUGGAAGAAAAAAAAAGCCAUGGGUUGUGUUAAGUUGUAGUAGCUUCGCUUCAAUUCCUGUCCUGUCUUCCCAUAUAUAGUCCUCCCUGUUGUUCCUCCCUCUCCAAACUCCAUUGCUCUCUCUGAUCUUUUGGCAUUGGCAGCAUCCAUUAUCCAAUCGUGCGUGUGCGUUAGGUGAUGGCGGCAGUCCAGCCGUCCAUGGAGACGACGCAGCAAGGGCCGCCGCCGGCGGCCAACUAUUCUCCGGCCAGGGAUGGCGGCAGGAGCGCCGAGGAGAAGGCGGCGGAGAUCGACAACUGGCUCCCCAUCAACGCGUCGAGGAACGCCAAGUGGUGGUACUCUGCGUUCCAUAACGUCACCGCCAUGGUCGGCGCCGGCGUGCUCGGCCUUCCCUACGCCAUGUCCGAGCUCGGCUGGGGCGCUGGCGUCACGAUUAUGAUCUUGUCAUGGAUCAUCACGCUGUACACGCUGUGGCAGAUGGUGGAGAUGCACGAGAUGGUCCCUGGCAAGCGCUUCGACCGGUACCACGAGCUCGGGCAGCACGCGUUCGGCGAGCGGCUGGGCCUGUGGAUCGUCGUGCCGCAGCAGCUCGUCGUCGAGGUCGGCGUCAACAUCGUCUACAUGGUCACCGGCGGCACGUCGCUGAAGAAGUUCCACGACACCGUCUGCGAGAGCUGCAAGCAACUCAAGCUCACCUACUUCAUCAUGAUCUUCGCCUCCGUCCACUUCGUCCUCUCCCAGCUCCCCAACUUCAACUCCAUCUCCGGCGUGUCCCUCGCCGCCGCCGUCAUGUCGCUCAGCUACUCCACCAUCGCGUGGGGCGCGUCGGUGGACAAGGGGAAAGCGGCGAACGUCGACUACGGGAUGCGCGCGACGACGACGCCUGGGAAGGUGUUCGGUUUCUUGGGAGCGCUAGGCACCGUGGCGUUCGCCUACGCCGGGCACAACGUGGUGCUGGAGAUCCAGGCCACCAUCCCGUCGACGCCGGAGAAGCCGUCCAAGAAGCCCAUGUGGAAGGGCGUCGUCGUCGCCUACAUCGUCGUCGCGCUGUGCUACUUCCCUGUGUCAUUCGUCGGUUACUGGGCCUUUGGCAAUACUGUUGACAGCGACAUCCUCAUCACGCUCUCCAGGCCUAAGUGGCUCAUUGCCCUCGCCAACAUGAUGGUCGUCAUCCAUGUCAUUGGCAGCUACCAGAUUUAUGCGAUGCCGGUGUUCGACAUGAUGGAGACGGUGCUGGUGAAGAAGCUGCGGUUCCCUCCUGGCCUGAUGCUCCGUCUGAUUGCCCGUACUGUUUAUGUUGCGUUCACAAUGUUCAUAGCCAUCACCUUCCCCUUUUUUGAUGGAUUGCUAAGUUUCUUUGGUGGAUUCGCGUUCGCACCGACAACUUAUUUCCUUCCCUGCAUCAUGUGGCUCGCAAUCUACAAGCCCAAAAGGUUCAGCCUCUCAUGGUUCACCAACUGGAUCUGCAUUAUUCUUGGAGUGCUUCUGAUGGUACUGGCGCCGAUUGGAGGACUCCGGAACAUCAUUAUUAGUGCCAAGACAUACCAUUUCUACCAGUAAACAUGCAUGAUUGUCCAACACAGUGCAAACCCCUUGUUUAACCAACUACAACAGAGACCCUGACAAGUCUCAGGCCACAUCAUCAGGUGAACAGGUUUUGGAUUUUGUACCACGGGAUUCUGAACUACUUGUUUGGAAUGACAAAAAGCUUGCAUCAGAUGCGCUAAUCGGCAAUCGAUUAUAAUGUCUAUUGUGAGUUCUUUGUCGUGCCAAAAAGGGAAUACCAUCAUGGCCUAAAACGUGUUCCAGUUGAUGAAUGUUCCUGACAUGUCAAGCUUCCCUUAGUCAUGGCCUAACCUAGGAGUUUGCUUGGAGUGGAUUAUAUACAUGUGUAUGUAGUUUUUCUUCAUACUUCUUUAUAUUCAGGGAAUGUUAGCUUUUUUGUAUGUAUAAACGCGAAAAUGGAAGCGUGGUGCUUUGUAUUUUUUUUAGAGAAUGGAAAUGGUGCUUUGUAUCUGUUG